AUGAAACCUCUUCAACGAUGGAUUCCAGUCUACAGCGCGUUUUUCACGACGUCAUUAUUCGUUUCAUCACAGAGAACUCAAGCGGUGAUGACAUUCAACGGAGAGGCCGACGAAGUGCUUCUACUUACUAUUGUGCAGUUCGUAACACGCGAAUGUAUCCAUGUUCGUGGCAUUGAACUCGAGCAUGUAUCGCGUGCUAUCGACGACUAUGUGAACGAACUCCCGCGAGAUUGGACGCUUGAAGAUGUGUAUAAGAAGACGCGCAGCCUACGCUGCAUGCAAUAUUUUGCUGCUCGAGAACGGGAGGUAUGGCCGAUUUCGUACCAGACGUGGCUUGUCAACAAUGUUGCUGAAAUGGCUGUAAGGUGUGGGGAUGUUGAGGCUCUAAAGUGGCUUACCGAACGGUACGCCCCAGACGCAUCAAUGGACAAGGCAGCAAUUGUUGCGGCUCGACUAGGACGACUUGACAUUCUGCAGUGGCUGUACCAGAGUCACAUGUCUAGAGUUCAUUGGGGUGGUGAUGAAUGGUGCGAAGCUGUCCGAGGAGGUCAUAACGACGUCGUGAAAUGGCUACAUCACCAUGUACAACCCCACACAGAAGCAGCACCACAAUUGAUCCGAGACGCGGCGAGAGCUGGAGAUCUUUCUCUCGUUCAAUGGCUCCACAAGAUCUACGAGCUCCCUCUUUCGAGUGCGUUGGUAGAAGCGGAGAAAGGGUGUCAAUGGGGAAUUGUGAAGUGGAUCCUUAUGAGCGGAAAUGUGGAAAACCCGAGUGUUGACAUGGAUGCCAUCGCUGCGGAUGGCGACAUCCGCUUUCUGCAAUGGAUACACAUACGAGGCGUUGGUAGCCCAGCUACUUCUCAUACUCUCGAGGUGGCCGCUUUCAAUGGAUACUUGAAUGUUCUCGAGUGGCUUCACGAUGGUCCUACCAAGCUCAGGUUGAACGCCGCCGUUUUUAGAGAAGCAGCACGAGGUGGACAACUGGAGGUGUUGAAAUGGCUACAUGACCGCCAAUGUCCUGCAACAUCCGCAGCAAUUGAAGCUGCUGCCGAGAACGGCUUUCUCGAGGUCGUUCAAUGGCUCUACGUCAACAGAAAGGAGACGUGUUCUUCUCGUGCACUUGAUCGAGCAGCGCGCAGUGGCCACCUAGACGUCGUGAAGUGGCUACAUGAGACUGGAGAGAACUUCUAUUGUCCUGCAGCCAUCAACAGAUCUGCCGAAUUCGGCCACCUCGACGUCGUGAAAUGGCUGCACACCCACCGAACUGAAGGAUGUAGCACCGAGGCUUUGGACUGUGCCUGUCAUCUGGGCCAUUUAGACGUAGCGAAAUGGCUAUACGCGCAUCGAAGUGAAGGCUGUGGGAAAUGGACGAUGGACUUGGCUGCAGCGUGUGGUCAUCUUGGCGUAGUAAAAUGGUUGCACGAAGAUCUUCACCAAUCGUGUACAACUUGGGCUAUGAAUAAUGCCGCUCGUCAAGGAUAUCUGGACGUGGUCAAAUGGCUACACUUCCACAGAACAGAAGGAUGCACGGCCGAAGCCAUGUCAUCAGCAGCGGCAAAUGGACAUCUCGAUGUAGUGAGAUGGCUACAUUGGAAUCGUACCGAAGGCUGUGACUCUACUGCAGUGAGCCGUGCCAUCACUGGAGGGCACCUUGAUGUUGCAGUGUUUCUUCACCAGGAGCGAGAGAUCUCGUGUUCAUUCCGCGACGACGUCACUCUCCGUGGACUCCGGUGGGAAUUGGUGCAGUGGUUGUUUAAAACAUGCCGCAACGAGCUCAAGCAAGUCAUCAAGUUUCAAGUUGCUCGAAGCGACUGGCACUUCAAUGACUGGAUGCGUGGCCAAGACAUGCAUCUUGUUACUCAGAGCGACACCCACGUAACCUGGAAAUGGAGUCCUCGCCCGUAG